GUCGUGACGGUCAACUGGGGGCCGUGGGCAGAGGCGGGCAUGGCCAAGGAGGGCACCAAGGCCUACGAGGCUGCCGUCGCGGAGGGUGACACGCCCCUGCCGACCGCGGCCGCGCUCGGGUGCUUGGCGGCGGCGCUCCGCAGCGCCGGGCAGGCCCAGCCCUCCGCGACCCAGUUCUGCGCGUGCGACGUGCAGUGGCAGAAGUCUCAGUGGCGCGACCUUCCUAUCUUGGACCUCGUGUGGGAGCGGCCCGCAGACACGGCGCCGGUCGGCGGGGACGCCGGUGCGAAGGCCGCGGAGGUCUCGGAUGGUGGCGCCACGCCGCAGAAGAAGGUGGAGGACUUCCUGGUGUCCAGCACCAGAAGCAGCGGCAGCUGGAAGCGGAUACAGGGGAAGACUCUCCACCAGUUGGGUCUCGACUCGCUGGAGGUGGUCCAGCUGAGGAACUUGUUUAACAAGAAGUUCGGAGUCACGGUGCCGUUGGGGGUGGUUGCCGACUCCACCCAGAAGCUGAGCGACCUGGGGGCGGCGCUCGGCAAAUACCUCGGCUAG